UUUCCUUUUCUUUAUGUUUCCUACAAAAAUAGAAAAACCCUUUUUAUAACCCUCAUUUCUCAAACUUUCAUAAUCAUUUUUUAUUUUUAUCAUACAGUUUUAUUUUAUUUAAUUUAAUUUAUAUUUAUAAGAUUCCACAAAAUCUUCAAUCAGAAAACAGCUGCUUUUUUUAUGUGAAAAAUAGUUGCAAGUUGUAAGAAUUUGAAGCUUCAUAUUGCAUUGUGGGGUCCUCUUUGACAGGCUAAUCAACAGCCUGGAAAAGGGUGUUUGCAUUGCAUUGCAACCACACUAAAAACUUCAACUUGAUCCAUUUUCAGUAAUGGGUUUCACGUAAUUUUCAUCUGGGUCACACUCUUUUUCUUCAGUUCAACAUUUUUUCUAGCAGCAUUCACUUUUUGGUUGUUGUUUUUUCUUCAAUUUUGUGACUUUUGGGAUUUGAAGCUAAAAGGGUAUUGUAAUUGGUUACAAACCUUUUAUGGGUUGGUGUUGUUGAAGAGGAUUUGAGAGAAGCUAAACUAACUACAAUGGUGAUGAUGGUGAAGCUUGUUUUGGUUGUUGUUACUAUUCUUAUUGCAUUUUUGGUGAAUGUGUCAUUUGCCUUAUACACACCUCAUGAUAAUUAUCUAAUUGCUUGUGGUUCAUCCAAAAGUAUAAACUUUCAAGAUCGUGUAUUUGUCCCUGAUUCACAGCAUUCUACAUUAGUGUUGAAAACUGGAAAUUCAGUUGUUGUUGGUAGUUCAAAUUCAAGUGUUGUUCCAUCUCCAAUUUACCAAUCAGCUAGGAUUUUCACUGAGAGAGGUUCUUAUAGAUUUGAUGUUCAACAAGGUAGGCAUUGGAUUAGGCUAUAUUUUUAUCCUCUUCCAAACAGUUUACAUAAUUUGACUUCAGCUUCUGUGACAGUUGUUAGUGAUGAUUUUGUUCUAUUAAGCAACUUCACUUUUAGAAACUAUAGUGAUUCUUAUAUGUUUAGGGAGUAUGCUAUCAAUGUAACCUCUGAUACCUUGACUGUAACCUUCAUUCCUUCGAAUGGUUCCGUUGCUUUUGUCAAUGCAAUUGAAGUUGUUUCAAUGCCGGACGAUUUGUUUGUCGAUCAGGCAUUGGCACUUCGUCCAUUGGCCCCUUUUAAUGGUCUUUCCGAACUUGCUUUCGAAACCGUUUACCGUUUGAACAUAGGAGGAGCCUUGCUUACUGCCGAAAAUGACACGUUGGGAAGGACUUGGGAGAAUGAUCAGAAAUACCUUCAUGUGAACAGUUCGGUCACUAAUGUGUCGGUCAGCCCUACAAGCAUUAAGUAUCGACCGGGCGUUACUGCUGAGACAGCACCUAAUUGGGUCUAUGCUACUGCGGAAGCAAUGGGGGAUGCAAAUGUAGCCAAUUCAAAUUUCAACAUAACUUGGGUUUUCCCUGUAGAUCCAAAUUUCUCCUAUUUUGUUCGGCUGCACUUUUGCGAUAUUAUUAGCAUGGCGAUGAACACGUUAGUUUUCAAUGUGUUCGUAAAUACUGAUAUAGCGAUUGGAAGCCUUGACCUCUCAUCUUUGACAAAUGAUUUGGCUUUGCCUUACUAUAAGGACUUUGUUUCCAAUGCAACAUCGGACAACACUUUGACGGUAAGCGUCGGUCCUGAUACGAUGGCAGACAUUACAAAUGCAACUAUGAAUGGAUUGGAGAUAAUGAAAAUCAGCAAUGCAUUGAAGAGCUUGGAUGGACUUUCGUCGGUCAAGAGUUUGCUUCCCAGUUCAAAAUCAAAAAAGAACAAGAUAGGAAUCAUCAUUGGCUCUGCUGCUGGUGCUGUUGUUGCCUUUGCUUUUGUUGGUUUGUGUGUUUGCUUGUUGGCGAGGAGAAAAUCAAAGUCUUCUCCCCAAGAGGGUGGUCAUUCAUGGCUGCCAUUGCCCUUAUAUGGGAAUUCUCAAACAAUUACAAAAAUGUCAACAACUUCACAGAAGAGUGGAGGAACUGCAAGCUUCAUUUCUUCGACGAAUCUCGGACGGUUCUUCACUUUCCAAGAAAUCCUAGACGCAACAAAUAAAUUUGAUGAGAAGCUUCUUCUUGGUGUUGGUGGUUUCGGUAGGGUUUAUAAGGGAAUCCUUGAUGAUGGUACCAAUGUAGCUGUUAAAAGGGGAAAUCCAAGAUCCGAACAAGGUCUUGCUGAAUUCCGAACUGAAAUCGAGAUGUUAUCGAAGCUUCGCCAUCGUCAUCUUGUGUCUCUAAUUGGUUACUGUGAUGAGAGGUCAGAAAUGAUUCUUGUCUAUGAAUACAUGGCUAAUGGUCCCCUCAGGAGUCAUUUGUAUGGAACAGAUCUACCGCCUUUAUCGUGGAAACAACGGCUUGAUAUUUGCAUCGGAGCAGCAAGAGGUCUUCAUUAUCUCCACACCGGUGCAUCUCAAAGUAUAAUUCACCGAGAUGUAAAGACGACAAACAUUCUUUUAGAUGAUAACUUUGUUGCUAAAGUUGCUGACUUUGGCCUCUCCAAAACCGGUCCUGCACUCGAUCAGACUCAUGUUAGCACAGCGGUUAAAGGUAGUUUCGGUUAUCUUGAUCCAGAAUACUUUAGAAGGCAACAACUCACAGAGAAAUCAGAUGUUUAUUCAUUCGGAGUAGUUUUAAUGGAAGUGCUAUGCACAAGACCGGCGUUGAACCCUGUCCUUCCUAGAGAACAGGUUAAUAUAGCCGAGUGGGCGAUGAACUGGCAGAAGAAGGGAAUGCUUGAUCAAAUCAUGGAUCAACAACUUGUCGGGAAGGUCAAUCCUGCUUCGCUUAAGAAGUUCGGGGAGACCGCGGAAAAGUGCUUGGCCGAGUAUGGAGUGGAUAGGCCAUCCAUGGGAGAUGUUUUAUGGAAUCUUGAAUAUGCUUUGCAGCUCCAAGAAACCUCGUCAGCGCUCAUGGAACCGGAAGACAACAGCACGAACCACAUUACUGGAAUUCAGUUGACACGUCUUGAGAAUUUUGAGAACAGUGUGAGUAUGGUUGAUGGAGGCAACUCUGUCACAGACGAUGAUGCAGAAGACGCUGCUACAAGUGCAGUGUUCUCUCAAUUAGUAAAUCCACGUGGAAGAUGAGUUAUUUUUCCUGUAUCAUUGGUUCUGACCAUAAGCUGUUAAUUAUAAUGGCUGUUCUGGCCUUGGACAAAUUGAAAAGUCAUGCUCGAUGAAUGAAAGGUUGUUUUCUGUUUCGUUAUCACUUUUGUAAUUCUUUUUGUUUUUUUUUUUGUUUUGCCUAUAAGCAAGUUACCAUAUAAUAUUUGAGCAAGUAGGUGGUUAGAAAUUGUAUGUAAGUUAUUAUAAGGUUCUGUUGUAUUUUGUAUAAGGCAAUGAAGAGUUCUUCUUUUACUUUAUAAUAAAAUUUAUUUAGAAAAUGGAUCAACUAUUCAAAA